CCAAAAACACAUAUCUCAAGAUGGUGGACAGAUACUACGGUAGUUACGAAGCCAUUUCGAUACAAUCACAGGUUACGGUAUCAUCCAAAUCCACAUCCUCACUUUCGAACCAGGAACCUGUACACAUAACACACGAAAUGGUGGAGAAUCUGUAUUGCCCUGAUGAUCGCUAUGAUCCUAGUAUGCAAUCGACUCUUUCGGCACUUCAGAGUGUUCCAACUCCCGCAGUUUCGGAGGCUGGAGAUAUUGAUUUUAUUAUAUCCCAAGAAACAAUAAAUUAUGAGGAUGAUGAAGUUUUAGUAAAUUGCAAGCAUCAAAUGAUGAUUAUCUAUGAUGGAGGUGAUCUCAAUUGUGCCCUGCACUUCCUCACCGAAUCCCUGGUGAAUCCCUUCGCUUGCAAUGCUGUUGCAACUGUCCUUGUGGAGGAGCGUCUAAGGGAGGACUUCGUGCAACGUGUUGAGGCACAAAUGAGACCCAUGAAGCCAGCUGUGUCAUAUCAUCCAAAAUUUCGGGCAACGCUGGAGAAUCUGAAAAAAUUAAACUUGGAAACGAUAAAAACCAAGACUGAUUAUCCAGAUAUUAGUCCAAUUCUUGUCUUCGAUUGCCAGCACAGCCAACUGGGCGACGGAACAACAGGUGUGAUCUGUUUGCACACCUUUCGGUCUGCGUUGGAGGCCAUAGAGAUUUGUGGCAAGGACAGUCGACUCUAUGCCACAACUUCCAUUUGGAAUGAGUCUAUAGAGGACCUGUAUCAACUGGUGGUUUCCCUCAAUUGUCCCACAUUUUUUUUCAAUUGCAGUCAUGUCACCUUGCAACCAAUUGCUCAAUCCCUGGCGGAAACUAAGAAUGAUGCGUGUGUCGUUGAUGGUUUUCACUACGAGACUCUGCAAAUUAAUGAUGAAAUGAAGACCAUUGUAUUCCCCAUUGGAGCUCAUCUUGCCCAGAUAUCGACAGAGUCAAAUGUCACAGUUGCUCCCAUUUCAUAUUUAAAUGAAUAAAGCUGCUUCCUCAUUUCCUCGUUCCAACA